AUGAAAUUAACAUCGCAAGUGCUGGCAGGUGCUCCUUCAUUUUUGAAUCCUGCCGGUGAUAGGGUGCUGUCAUUGAGGGGAUUGAGGGCUCCAAUGAUAGAGAACUUGGGAGAGACCCAGGACUGUUACGAGACAAUAGACUUCACAGACAACGACAUCCGUGUGCUCGGAAACUUCCCCGUUUUGAUACGUUUGAAGACUAUUCUGAUAGCCAAGAACAGGGUGAACACUAUCCAUGCAUCUUUCCCCAAGUCGCUUCCCAACAUCAAAAGCAUAUCACUAAUAGCGAAUAACAUCACAGGUUUAGCAGACCUAGAUGCCUUGAAAGAGUGCUCCAAACUAGAGAAUCUUUAUCUGGGCCAAAAUCCGGUUACUCACACGCAGAAUUAUAGGUCAUGGCUGAUAUGGCGGAUACCAAGCUUGAAGGUUUUGGAUUUUGAAAAGGUGAAAGACAGAGAACGCGAGGUCGCAAAGGCACUGUUUGGCACGCAUGAUGAGCCCACGAAACUGGCGAACGAGUUGACGAAGAUCAAGGCGACUACUGCUGGGCCAGAGUCGAAAGAGAACAAACAAAUUGAUCUGAUGAUCACAAAACUAACCCCAGAGGCAAGAGCAAAGCUGGAAGAGGAUCUCAAGAAGGCCACUACACUGGCCGAGAUUGACCGCAUAGAAACUGCAUUGAAGACUGGGCGUCUAUAA